AUGGAACACAUGAACAAUAUUGGUGAUGGAGCGAAUGAUGAAAAUGGGUUGUUCUGUAUUAUGGAAAGAGGUAGCGGUGGUGGCGGAGAGGGUGCGGGUGGUUGUGGUAGCGGAGGUGGUGGUGAUGAGGUGAGUUUAAAAAAGGGUCCUUGGACAACAGCUGAGGAUGCAAUUUUGAUAGAUUAUGUGACAAAACAUGGUGAAGGAAAUUGGAAUGCUGUUAAAAGGAAUACAGGUUUAAAUCGUUGUGGAAAGAGUUGUAGGCUUAGAUGGGCUAAUCAUUUAAGGCCCAAUUUAAAAAAAGGUGCAUUUUCUCCCGAUGAAGAGAAACUCAUUGUUGAACUACAUGCUCAAUUUGGGAACAAAUGGGCAAGAAUGGCUGCUUUGUUACCUGGAAGAACAGACAACGAAAUAAAAAAUUAUUGGAAUACAAGGAUCAAACGUCGUCAAAGACAAGGUCUUCCACUAUAUUCAGACGAACAUAAUCAUGUCAACACGCCAACCACGCCAACAACACCAGCUUCACCAUGUGUCACUCCAAAUGGAUCAAACCCUCACAACAUUACAACAAAAUUUGAGUUUUUCAAUCAAAACCAACACCAAUAUCAACAACAACACCAUCACCACCUUCCUUUAUCUCCAACAUCAACCCAUCAUCAUUCUCCUCUCUCUUCACCACUCCAACAUAGACAACAACAUCAACAACAAUCUUAUUCUCCUCACACUUUCUUAGACACUUCACCUACACCAUUGUCAUCUUCUUCACCACUGUCUUUCACUUUCCAAAGACCCGCGCCACUCUUAUCAGCCCCUCUUCGCCUCAAACGAUUUCGUUCGAGUCCAAACUUCAGCCUUCAAGUCCCUAAUUCCAUUACACAAAAUUGUUCCUCCUCACUCCAUGAUCCUUCUUUAUCCUCACACCAUGAUAGUAGUUUUAGGUUCCCAAUUCAUUACAACGCGAGUUUCCCUCAAUACUUUCAUACUCCUUUGUUGGAAUCCGAUCGAGGAGUUUCUUCUUCGUCUUCGCCUUUCUCAACAAAGUUGGAGUUACCUUCAAACCAAUAUUCAAGACUAUCUUCAGAACAAGAUAUUAAAACUAAUAAUGUUGAGUUCAAUAAUGAUCCUAAUUCUUUACAAAACAAUAGUAGUGUCUUGAUGGGAGAUCUUUUAAUGGAUGCACAAACAUUGGCAUGUGAACAAAAUUCAAAGAAAAGAAAUUACUUGAGCUUAAAUGAAGGAAAUGAUAUGUAUAAUGGAUGUCAAAGUUAUGAUGAUUUCCCACUUAGCACUCUUUAUUGGUCUUCUAAUUCAGAACAAAAACCAAAAGAAGAAGCACAGGACCUAACCAAAUUCAUGAACGAUGACAUGUCAACAAUGUUAAGUGUGAUGCCUUCUUCCACAAUGCAAAACCAAGAUUGGAAUAAUAAUACUAAUAUUAAGAAUGGAUCAGAUCAAGUCUCUAAUAUUGUUCAAUCUUCUAGUGGUGUGAAUUUGGCAGAUGAAAAUUUUGGACUCGAUAUUAAACCUAUAGCUUCAUUGUUUCCUCUCACAAACACAACAGAUCAUAAUAAUGAAAAUAAUGAUUGCUACACUUGGGAUAAUUUACCUGGACUAUGUUAA